AUGAAUAAGGAAAUGUUACAGGAUGAAAGUGAUCAAAGUGAUAUGUAUAUAGAAUCCUAAUUUGAUGAGCAUAAAAAACACUUUCAACCAGAUUGCUUUGCCAUGGAGGAUAAAGUACAAUUUUCCAAUUUAAACAUGAAUGAACCUCUGGACAUGAAAUCAGCUUCUGAAACUGUAUUUGUUGUAAUCAACUGUAGAUUCAAGAGUUCAUUUACACAGAAGAGAAAUUAGAAGCACAGGGAAAGGGUUUGGUUAGUACUUGGUUGGAUUAGAAUAAAUUUGUCAAUAUUAAGCUUCUUGAUUUAUCUAGAUGCAAGCUCUAUUAAAUUCCAGAAGAUGUGAAGUAAAAUGAAUCAUAAAAGUAGAUAAAUGAUCAAUUUAUAAAAGAUGUAUUUGAGUCAGAAUAUGUUGGUAAACUUACCACAAUUUUUGGAAUCCUUGAAUUUUUUAGAAGUCUUGGAUUUGUCUUACAACUUAAUCUAGAAUUGUCAAGUUCAUAUCAAACGCUUAAGACAGCUCAAUCUUGCUUGUAAUUGUAUUAAGCAACCUUAUUUUGGGGAAUUGGAUGUUCUCUGUAUUCAGAUGAAUCCAAUUACUCAUCUACCGAAAUCAUUUCAUAGAGCAUUGGCAAAUAUGAAUCUAUUAGAAUUUGAUUGGUUUAAAUAUUGCAAGCCUCCAUUGCCAUUCAAACUCAAUUUCAAGAAAUAUCCAUUGGUUUAAGAGAAACUAAUUAAAGCACUCUCAAAACAAACUUUGAGUUUCUAGGAAUUCAUCUAGUUAUUGAGUCAAAAUGAAUAGAACUUUAGUAGUACUGAUUACAAGGAGAGGAACCUGUUUUGUCAAGCAGGGAUGAAUGAUGAAAUUGGAGUGAUGUAUUGUUUAAAUUCCAUCAUUCCUCAGGAUAUCAACAAAACUGAUUUUGAUAAUAAUACACCCUUGUCAGUUUGUUAUAUGGAAGGCAAAAUGAGGUUAGUUUUCAUAAUAAUAAAGAUCAGUGAGCUUAUUAAAGACUUUAGGUGGUAGAUUUUCUUUGAAUACCAUUCAUUGUAUGAGUCAAAGAGCUGACGUGCAGAAUUUAAAGUUCCUUUUGGAAAUAAAGGAAAAUUUUAACAUGCAAUUAAGGACUACUAACAUUUAACAUCCGAUUAAUGAUGAAUCCUUAGUGAUGAUGAGGAAUAUCGAUGGUAAUACUCCAUUGCAUCAAUUAAUGAUGAAUUUUGAUAAAUAUGAAUAGAGUCAAGAGUUUGCUGAGAUAUUAUUAUUAUAUGGAGCAGAUCCAAACGUUGAAAAUUGUGAGGGCUACACUCCUCUUGAUAUGGCAAUCAGGAAAUAAUAAAUAAAGGGUCUUAAAUUUGGAAAUGACUUCAAUAUGUCUCGACAUGUUGAUUUUGCUAAUAAUAGAUUCUUUGAUUUUUCCCAUUAAUCAUCAAUCACAGGUUAGGGUCUAUGUCACAUUGCUGUUUUGGUAGGAAAUGUUGAAAUCUUGGAGUUCCUAAUUUCAAUCAAUUCAGACUUUUUCCCCAUCAGUAAAUCUAACAAAUUACCUAGAAAUUUGGCUACUCAAAGUUUAGUGGCUUUAAAGAAUAUUCGAAAACUAGAAAGAAGGUACAUUUUAAAUAAUGUGAUCAAAGAGAAAUCUCUAUUGGAAUAAUAAGAAAAGUAAAUUAACUCAUUUAAUUAGAAAUGUAUAUUAGAUGAGACAUUAAAUAGAGAAGAAUAUUGUUUAAAGACAUCAUAAUAUGAUCUAGAAGUAUGCAGACUAAGAAGAAAUCGAAGAUGACCAAUCAAUCGAAAGUUACAAUGAUUUUAGUCUCCAAGUAGGAAGCGAAUGCACUGUCAGAGAUACUGUUGCAGAGUCCGCUCCCAUAUUUAAAAAAUAACUUAAUCAGCAAAAGGAUUCAAGUACUUCUGUGUAGUAGAAUGUUUAACAGUUGUCAUCGCUUGAAUUUUCUGACCAUUAUCCUGACAUUUUGAAAUUAUUGAGAAGUGGCAAUAUUGAUACAGCAAUCAAGAAAAUAGAGAAUGUCUUGCAGUAUGAGUAGAUUAGUGUGGCUGAGAGACUCAAAUAUAAAAAUCAAUUGUCCUUAUUAAAGUUAAAAUUCAAAUAAAAAAACGUUGAAUUAAAAUCGAAAGUUGGCUAGGAUGUAUAAUUAAUCUUAAAUGAAUACCAAUUUAAAUCGUUAAAAACAGACCUUAGAAGUAAAUCAUCAAAGUAUCAUAGAUAAAUAUUUCAAAAAUGUUCAAACCAUUUUAAAUGCAUAAAUAGAAAUGGAAAUUUCUAAAGCUUUAAAUAUAGUGUCCAGAUAAAAAAUUAUAUGUUCAUCCUAUAAUUUAAAUAGGGAUCUAUAGGUUUCUGAUCUCUCUCUAAUAAAUGAUCUCAGAACCAGAUUGAGUGUAAACCUAGUCUAUGACAUAAAUAACUAUGCAUCUCACUUAUUUUCUUCAUAAAAUUAACUAUAUCAAUGGCUCUAUAGUUGCUUUUCAAAAAAAGAAAAAAUAUUGUUCUAAACAAGUUUUUUUAAUCUACAAAACUACGAAUAUCUUUAAAUGAUGAAAUUUAAGAAGAAAAGAGUACUUGUCGCAAAAAAAGAUGAUCUCAGUAUUGAGAAGGAUAUGGGUGAAUUCAAUAAAGUUCCAAUCAACUAAAUAAUUAGUAAUCAUAGCUUGUUUUGUAACAGUAAAAGAAAUUGA